CGCGGCUGGUGUUCUUCAAUUUAUAAAUUUGCAUAAUUAUUCUAUCGAUAAGUAAAUUGAUAUAAUUUGCUGUUAUCUGGUGUAGGAAAAGAAAAUAUUGGAAAAUGCACGCACAGAAGCGGCGACAGUCGCUACUCAAUAACCGCGCGCGUGUGAUUGAGAGUUUUGCUAGCAUGCCCUGCGCACUCGCAUGCUCGUCGAAAAUGUGAAAUUAGCAAUCUCCCCAGGCUACGCGUAUAUAAACGGAAAACAGAUGCAGCGGAAAAUUUCGAAAGUAUAGCUGCAUGGGAAAAUGAGUUGUUUCACUCGCGUCCGUCGCUAGGACGGAGAUAGAAACACGAGAGCGGUGUUAUUAAUCGAUGAACUAGGUUGUGUGGUCGUUCGGCUAGCAUAUGUCACCUCGCUAACUUCACACAAAUUCACCGUGAGUCAUUUUGACUGUUUGGCAGAUAGAUGCACGCGGAUACACGGUGUUGUUAAUGUUGGCUCGAGUACGAAUGGAUCUCAAGACCGAUAAUGGAAAAGUCAUUGAACUCUAGUCGAAAUUUUAAACUGCCGCCGAUUCAGGGAGCUGUUCCAGCGGCGAACAUUCUUCGGCAACCGCCAACAACAAGACAAACGUGGCGACAGUCACAAGAGCAAAGACUUUCUUCGGCUGCGUUGCCGAAUCAUCGAUCGCCAAUCAAACCACCACGGACGGUUAUUCACGUCCCUAAAGACCCAUUCCCCGGGCGAUACAGAAGUCCGCAUGUUAGUCGCAAUUUAUCGACCGCGGCGACUCAGCCGCGACGCGAUUAUAAAGCGACGAUCUUAAAUGAAAAGAACACUGAAUCGAAGCUUGAGUUCGCGCCUCUGGGACACCACUUUCCACAAUCAUACGCUGUACUACCUCCGAUUCAGAAAAUUAAAGAACCGCUCGCCAGUGAAACGCAGGGCAAAUCGGUUCAAGAUAGAGCUUCACGUGGCGAGAAAUGGGACAACAACUUAACAGAUUCUAGUAAAUCCGCUGUGGAUAAUAGCUUACGAAAUGAUGACAAACAAAGAUGGGAGGUCGCGCGAAAACCUCCAGAUAAUAGGAAAAGUGGGAAUUCAAACACGGAUAACUCGCGCUCGACAGUGGAAAAGAACGCUUCCACGAAAAAGAAACUGCGAUCUGAGAGUCAGGAUAACGAAACUGGAGAGAGGAAACCAAGCGCUACAACUCUAUUGUUUCUGAAAGGAAAGCGCAAAGGUCGAAGGGUCGGCGUCUGUCUCGAAAAUGAGCCUGCGUUGAUCAACGUUACCGAACAACUAAAGGAGAUUUUCCUUCGCAGAAAUAUGGAAGAAAUGUACCUAAUCUAGCUCUAUAUUUUGACAACUUAUGAGCGGACAGGUGCGCGUAGCACAAAAGCUGUGUUUGUUUACAAUUUAACACAGUAGAAGCCUGAGCAGGCUCUGGGCCGGCCAGAAAUCAGCCGUGCUGAGAAGCGAUUUACGAUUCGAGGAAUAAUCUUGACGUGACCUUUUUGAACUCGCAGCUAUUGCUGACCAUUGCUGAAUAUGAUAGUUUUUCAUCGACUGGAUCCACGAAAAUUCACGUCGCGUCUCGGUCUUGUUCAGUUUGGUGCUGCUCAAAAAUCUUAAAAGAUUAUUAAAUCCUGUUAUUUCCAUAACAACUGAUAAGUACUUAGCCAUGCUGAAUUCAGGUUUGCUGGUUUUAUUUCUUAGCCUCUGAUCGAUCCGGCUUAUGACAGAUGUAAAUCCGAAAAGAAAUUUGCAAGCGUUUCCGGACUGUGAAGCUGUUAACACUGUCCAGAAGUUUCGUUUUACCUGUCGCAGUUUUUCUCUAGAUCACAAAGUUUUUUCACCAACGUUUCAUUGUAACAUUUAUUACCUUCUUAUAACAAAACAGAUCCGGAAGAACGCACGGUACAAAGAGGCUUAAACGAUCCGUUUAAGCGUGGAACAUCCAGGAAACUGUUUCUUCCCACGCUUUGACAUCAGCUACCAGUUGUUCUUAAAAGGCAGGUUGUUUGAAAAAGAAAAAUAGCUAAGUUUACCUAAGUUUUUUUUCUUUCGCGAACCUUGUAGCUCCCAGUGGUAGCUUUAAUGAUGAGGAGUUUGUUCUCUCCAACUUGCAAUGCUCUUGAACCGGCCAAAAAGGGCCGCGAAGAGUCAGCCCGAAAAAACCUGAUAUGUCUGAGAAGUUCGCAACUGAUUUCGCCCGGUAACGUUAUACGGUCUAAUAUGGUGUUGCUGGUGAACACACUGAAACAACUACGAGAAGUUAAGCUUUCACUGGGUUUGCCGAUUUUCGCAAAUGGUUGAAGAGCGAAAUUAAAGAAAAGGCUUUGUUAUCAAAAAUCGGGUGAACUCCUUGACAAUGUUAUACCAUCUUUGCGAGCAGUGCUAACAGAACAAUUUUGUUUUACCACUGGGUCGAAGAAUGAACAGUCGAGAGUUGUUUUUUUAGUAUAAAAACUGACGUGUUUAAAUAGUCACUGUAAAUAUUUCACAAGAUAUAAAAACAGAUUGAACUAAUUGUUAAGGGAAGAAUUUCGUUCCUCUCAAAAGUGAGGUCUUAACGAGUUGAUUUACCUUACGUACGUACAUGCGAGAAACACUGUCGAAAAUAAAAACAAAUAUACUUCAUCGUG